AUGGCUUCCACGUUCAGGAUCCGCUGCCGCGCGUCCGAGGACCUCACCCUCGCCGUCGGCGGCGGCGAGCCCAUCCUCACCAAGGCCGACGGUCGCGACGACCGGCUGCUGUGGCUCAAGGACCUGGCGUAUGGUGCCGGAGUCACGGACGAGGCCGGCUCACCGGCGUUCGCGCUGGUCAAGGAAGCCACCGAAGAAGUGCUGAAGUCCGCGCCGUCAAGCUCCACCUGGCCGGGUACGUGGACGAGUCGGUCGGUCCUGUGGGCCGAGAGCGAGGAGGACCUGGGCGACGGCUUCCGCCGCGUCCACAUGGUCAACAACCGGGACUUCAUCCUCGACGCCGAGGAGGCCAUCCCUGACCUCGGCGGCGCGCGCGACGGCACGCGCCUGAUCCUCUUCCGCUGGAACGGCGGCCUGAACCAGCAGUGGCGGAUAGCCCCGCAUGGUGCCCCUGUCCCAGCCGUGCCAGAGCACGCGCGGCCGCUGCGAAUCCUGUGCCAGAGCGGGCAGGGGCUGAGCCUCACUUGCUGGAUCCAGAGCUUCCGGAACGCCGGCCACGUGACGGACGGCGCGGGGCGCCGGGCGUUCGCGCUCGUGAACCGGGCCACCGGGAAGGCGCUGGGCCGUCGCCGCGGCGACGAGCUGGUCUGCCUCGGCGGCCACAGGCCGGACUCCGUGGACGUGGCGCUGCUGUGGACGCAGAGCGACGACCUGAGCGAGGGGUUCCACCACAUCCGCACCGUAGGCGACGUCGACACCGUCCUUGACGCGGCGAACGGCGUGCCUGAGGCCGGCGGCGCGCAUGACGGGACGCCCAUCUUAGUCUUCCCGUGGAACGGCGGCUGCAAUCAGAAGUGGAAGAUGCUUCCAUUCUAUUGA